AAGGCUCUGUCGCAAAUGGACUGUUCUCUGUACGAUCCCACGAGUGCUGUGAGGGGCUUGAAGCACGAUCCGAACGCGCCAAGCUGUCAACACGGCAAGGCCUCGAGCUCAGUCGUGAAGAAAGAAGGCAAGAAUCAGGGACGAUCAUUUUGGCACUGUGCCCAGCCCAGAGAGCUCAAGUGUAAUUUCUUCAAGUGGGAAGAUGCGAGCGACAGUACCGGAGUUAUGUCUGGCAACACCACAGCCACUGGAAACAAUCCGUCCGGUACCACAACCGCUCACCGGCAGCAACCAAAAGAUGCUGCGACGAUUGAGGCAAUGUUCAGAAAAUGCCAUACUAUGGUGUUUGUGGCUUGCACUGUGACCAAGUCGAACCAGAAGAAACGCUGGUACAACAAGGGCAAGGAGGCGGCUAUCAGCACCCUGGUGGACCUGACGAUCAAUCGUAAGGAGAAACAUGCCUUCUUCUCGAAAAAUGAUCUUUGGGCUCUGUGUUCGUCUCUCGACUUCAAAAGUGGCGUUGUAUUCGCCCGCAGUGCUUUCUACGGACCGAAUACCGAUGGCACG